AUUAUGGUGUUUGUCUAAGUGGACGUGUUCGACGGAGCACGGAUCCCUCCCAGCAAGGUUUUGGUCUGGGAAUUUCAAUUUGAGGUAGUGCGCGAGGAUCUGUGGAGGCAAAUUGCUACCGGAAAAUACGGGACGCACAGCGUUUUUAGAAGGAAGAAAAAAGGAAGGUGUCCUUUUACAGUAUAAACUGUCACAAUGACAACUGAAGUGGGCUCUGAGACGGAGGUAAAGAAGGAACCUGAACAGGCAGAAGAACAGCCCCAAACACAAGUUGAAACAGAGCAACGGCCAGAACAGCAGCUAGUAGACGGAAAGCAAGAACAGUCUGCACAUUCCACAGACCUCAAGCAAGUUGAGGAAGAACAGAACACACAGGAGUCUCCUAGUACACAGCAGAAAGAUACCACUGCAGCCUCAGAGCAAGUCAGUCCAGCUCCACAGGAAGGGAGAGCUGGGGUGGAAAAAAAAGAGGAGCAAUCUGGCUCAAAAGGUAUUGCAAGAUUUCUUCCCCCGUGGCUAAAAAAACAGAAAUCACAGAGUCAUGUGGAGCAAAAGAAGAGUCAACUGAAAGAAGGAGAGACAAGUAAAAACCAAAUUCAGGAGAAGGAAGAAAAAUCCCCUCCUCAGUCUCCAUUUAAACAGCAGUCUACUGAGAAGGAGGGGGAAGAGGCAAGAAAGGAUACAUCAGUGGAGGAGAAAGAAGAGAAUCUCAUUCAGGACCACCAACAAUCCAAACAAGAGGAGACCAAGGUAGAUGAGAAAGAGGAAGAGAAGCUUUCAGUAAGCAGUGCAGAGACACAGCCUGCUAAAGAGGAUCAAAAAGAAGAAGUUGUGGAAAAAGAUUCAGAUGUAAAAGUGGAAGACAAAAAAGAAGAGGAUACAAUUCAGAACACUGAGGUGAAAACUGACAGAUCUAUCCAAAAAGUCCCCAAGAAGAUGAAGACAUUUGUAUGCAAAGUAACAUUGCUAGAUGGAACCGAGUAUCCUUGCGAAUUGGAGAAAAGAGCAAAAGGCCAAGUCUUAUUUACCAAAAUAUGUGAGCAUCUCAAUCUUUUGGAGAAGGACUAUUUUGGAUUGACUUACAGAGACAAUGCUGAUCAGAAGAACUGGCUGGAUCCUGCAAAAGAAAUCAAGAGACAGAUUCGAAGUUUGCCUUGGCAGUUUGCCUUUAAUGUAAAAUUUUACCCUCCAGAUCCUUCUCAGCUGACUGAAGACAUAACAAGAUACUUCCUGUGCCUGCAGCUCCGUCAGGAUAUUGCAGUGGGCCGUUUGCCCUGUUCUUUUGUUACUCACGCUCUUCUAGGCUCAUAUACUCUGCAAGCUGAGUUGGGGGAUUAUGAUUCUGAAGAGCACAGGCAUGACUACAUUAGUGAAUUCCAGUUUGCACCAACACAGACCAAGGAGUUGGAGGACAAAGUAGUGGAACUGCACAAAACACACAGGGGACUAACACCAGCUCAAGCUGAAGCUUUGUUCUUAGAAAAUGCUAAGAAACUUUCAAUGUAUGGAGUUGAUCUACAUCAUGCCAAGGACUCUGAAGGUGUGGAUAUCAUGCUGGGGGUAUGUGCCAAUGGACUUUUGAUUUACAAGGACAGGCUAAGAAUAAAUCGUUUUGCUUGGCCAAAAAUCCUCAAGAUUUCUUAUAAGAGAAGCAACUUUUAUAUUAAAAUUAGACCUGGAGAGACUGAGCAAUUUGAAAGCACCAUAGGGUUUAAACUUCCAAACCAUCGGUCUGCCAAAAGAUUAUGGAAGGUCUGCGUGGAACAUCAUACUUUCUUUAGGUUGAUUUCCCCUGAGCAGCCCCCAAAAGCCAAGUUUCUUACACUGGGGUCCAAGUUCCGCUAUAGUGGCCGAACUCAAGCUCAGACAAGACAAGCAAGCACAUUGAUUGACAGGCCAGCUCCAUUUUUUGAACGAACAUCCAGCAAACGGUUGUCUAGGAGUCUUGAUGGAGUACACCACUUCACCUUUCCACGUUCGAAGUCUGAAGGUACUGGAACAAAGGAACUUAAGCAGCUGCAAGCUCCUGCAGUAAGUGCCACUGAGCAGAUUCUCCAGCAAGACUCCUCAGCCCCUGCUGUCUCUGAUUUGAAAGCUGGUUUCACAGAUGAAGAUGGAAAGGAACCAGGAUCACCAUAUAAACCCACACUUUCACCAGAAUCAAAGUCACAUUGCAUAUGUCCCCUGUCACCUGCUUGCUCCAUUUCAUCCCAAUUCCAUCUCCUGGAAACUGUCCCAGAGUUGGAUAUCUUUUCUGACAUUUCAGAGGAUAAUCCAUUGACCACUGAUGACCUAGAUGAAGACUGUUCUGACAAUUCGGCCGAUACUUGCCAAAUAUCUCUUCAAGCAAAUGCACAAUUAGGGUAUGAAAACCUCAUUAGCUGUUUUCAAAAAACCUUCACCACUCACCUCCCAACUCCAGCCACAAAGCCGUGUUUUGAUGUCACUGAGGAGGCCUUUAACCCAGUGCAGAUAAAAUCUGAAUUGUGCUUUUCAUUUCUGAGUUUUUGUAAAUGUUUUAAGUUUCCAUCUUUGCUUGAUGAAGACGGCUAUAUCUGUUUUCCCAGUCUGCCACAGGACUGUGCCUCAUUUUUGCCCUCUGGCCUUCGCCGUUAUAUCCCUAUCUCCUCACCCUCUCUCAUUCCCUCUUUCUUCCUCAUUUUUGCUCUGCUUCUGUCUGCCUCUCAAUCUGUUCCCUUCUCCUUGACUUUGUCCCUUCCUCUUGCUCUGUCUCUCUGCUACCUGGAGCACAAGUCAACCUUACUGUGUGCCUCUUGUGACUUUGACCUGAUGGACAAACCACAGGCAGAGGAGGUGGAGAACAAGAACAAUGACGGUCCACAGAAUGCAAGCAAUGAGAAGGAACCAGCUGAGAUUGAAAAUGAAGACAAAGAAACAGAGGAGCAGAAGGACCUGGAUAAGACCCAGGAAGAUGUUUUGAAACAUCAGGCUAGUAUUAGUGAAUUAAAACGAAAUUUUAUGGAAUCUUCUCCUGAACCUCGCCCAAAUCAGUGGGAAAAGCGUCUCACUGGGACUUUGUCAGCGCAGACACAAGGGAGCUUAGAAGAGGAGAUAACAACCAUUUUAUUAAGUAAAGAAGGUUUUUCUACUGCCAGCUUUGCUGGUGCCUUCACCUUUCCCACCAAGCGAGCAGCAAGGGGCGAUAAUGCAAAAACUGCUACCAAGGCUGUUAGUCUUGCUCACUACAUAGAGUCCUCAAAGAAAGCACCAAGCAGAACAGAAGAAGUGCACCCAGAUGAUAGAGACCUUGCAGAGAGCACAGAAAAGCUGAAAUCAGAGAUGGGCAGGGAGCAAGAGAUUGACACGCAAGAGACAAUGGUCAAUGAAGAAACAACAAAAAUGUCGGCAGUUUCACAACGCAGUGAAAGCCCUUCAGUGGCUGCCAAGUCUGCAGAGGGGGGAGAAAUGAAAACACAGCUCAGAGAGAAGAAAGAGGAAACCAUAGUUGUAAGAGACGUUAGCACAUCUUCAGAUAGCGAAAGUGAGGAAGAGGCUGAAUAUAGGCCUCAGGUGGCAAGAAAAGAUGUGGAUCAAAUAAAAGAGGAACCGGAAGAGAAUGAAUAUCUUCCUGUGAGGAGCCUGACUUCAACUGCACAUGUAGAUGUUAAAAUACCUGUGGAAGAGAAGGAAGAACUAGAGGAAAAAAUUGAGAAAGGUGGAAUGCUAGGCGAGGAAGUAUACUGUACCACGGCAGAAGAGAAAGAAGAGCCCAAAGUAAAUGGAGAUGUGUCUCACAUAGAUACUGACAUUGUCACCCAGGUUAUUUGUUGCUCUGAGCCUCCAGUGGUCAAGACUGAGAUGGUGACCAUCUCUGAUGCCUUUGCUUCCCAGAAGUCUGAAAUUUCAACUAAAGAAGUUCCCAUUGUGCACACAGAGACAAAAACUAUUACAUAUGAAGCUGCCGAGGUUGAUGGAACUGGAGAUUCUGAGCCAGGCGUCCUGAUGACGGCACAGACCAUCACUUCAGAAUCAGUCUGCACUACAACUACUACUCAGAUUACAAAGACAGUGAAAGGUGGAGUUUCUGAAACAAGGAUUGAGAAACGCAUUGUGAUAACAGGAGAUGCAGAUAUUGAUCACGAUCAGGCCUUGGCCCAAGCAAUAAAGGAAGCCAAAGAACAGCACCCUGACAUGUCAGUGACCAGGGUGGUGGUGCAUAAAGAAACAGAACUCACAGAGGAGGGGGACGAUUAAGUGCAAGAAAUGAAUCUAAGAGACUGUGAAGCACAUCCUAAACUAAGCAGCCGUAACCAUCUUCAUUCUGAAGCUACUGGAAGAGGUCCUGAAGAGCUCCGUGAAGUCUGAAGUCGGUAGAUUUGUCUGAUUACCUGGUCUCACUUUUAUACUUGUUUAUAAGAAAACCACUUUAACAUUCCUAGCUUUUUUUUUGUGCUGUUGCAAAAUGUUUACCACUUACUACAUGAAAAGAAGUUAUCUCUUUUUAAUUAUUUUGAUUAUUAUUUCCAAUUCAUUUUGGACCGUUUUCCAUUUUUGUACAGAUUGAUAUUAGUUACAGCUUAUUAAUAAGGAUUAAAAAAGAAUGGUUUUGUAAAGGUUUAGUAAAAGUUAUAUGUUUAGAUUGAAAUUGGAUGCCAUUUCUUUUGCAUACUUGUGUAUUAGACAAUUUUUAAAAUGUUUCAAUAUUUUAACUACUUUUUAAUGCAGCCUGGUUUGGACGAAGCACUGUGUCAAUUUCAUUUUUUUUUUUUUUUGUAGUACAGUGCCAACAGUUCUUUCUUAUUUAGUCAAGGUAACCAUCCUGUGUUGGGGAGAUGGAGAUUAUCUACCUCCAACUUAAAUCUUCUACAAUUUAAGCAGCUUACAAAUAUGCUUUUUUCAUACUUUCUAGCUCCACUAAUUGAAAUACUUUUGCUACUUGUAAAAACACUUUGUCUUAAUGUGUAAACUGAUUAGCAUUUCCUUGGUGCAUUUUCUUGCUAGAAUUGUGCCUACAUACUUUUUUUGACAAUAAAGCAAAGUUUUAAAAAAGAAGAAGGCAGAUUCUUUUGACUUAGUUCUUCCUGAAAUAUGAAAUAGCUUUCUGAAUCACCAUAAGUAAGUUGAUUCCUUUUACCUCCAAGUGUCUAGUAAAAAAUGAAAGUUAGAUUUUUAGCCACUUAUAAUAUGUGUUUCCUCCCAGUAACACUUAAAAUAAAACUUUAUUCUCUGA